UAUUUCCACAGAAUGUCUGUGAGAUCUGGGAGGGGGUGGAGCACAUGAUAUAAAGGCAGCGUUGGAAGAAUGACAGUCAUGUGUCAUUUCAUUGUCUGUCUGAUCCACACUCUGAAAAAUGGCAAACGCGAAUCCACAGCAACAUGAAGAGGUUACCAUCCGCGAGAGAAGAAAUGCACGUAAAAAAACGGAGCGCUUCAUCACAGGGAAGCAUUGUAGUUUAGAGGAACUGAAAGAGCAAAUGCCCAGGCAGAGGCCUCAGGAUGACAUGGUGAGGUAUUUAAUAAAGGAGAUCCCACCCUACCCAACUCCAGCUGAAUUUUGGGUUUCAGAUGUAGCCCAUGUUACUGAGGAUUCCGGAUUCAUGGGGAUACUGAAGUCUGAUGAGUUUAGUGCUGGAGCAGAAGAUUUCUCAUGGUGGGGUUUAAAAGUUAACGAAGAGGAGAUAAAAGCAGCAGAGAGGCGCUACAUGGAGAGUAAUUUCCCAAAACAAGCACCAGAACUGAAUCAGCAGGAACCAUUUCUGGAGAAGUUCACCACAUCACCCGCAUUCCAACCAGAGAAAUCCCGCUAUGGAAGUUAUCGCUUCACAUUUCCCCUCACGGAUCUGAUGCAGUGGUACAAGGAACAGAACUGUGGAGGAGAAGAGCCGGUUCUCAGAGUGCAUGAGACUGUCACUUACAAACAGGAGAUUAUGUACACCGUGCUGAUUCACAGUCCUGAGGAUAACAUUCGUUUUCAAGAAUACCCGUUUCUUGAAGAGAAUGAAUUGGUUCGUUAUCAGGAUGGGAAGAUUAUCUGGAAAGCACAAGCCAUUUGUAAGACCCACAGGUGUCAGUUUGUUUUAGGAAAAGUACAAGAGCUUCCUGAAAUAUAUUAUGUCUGGGAUCAGGUUAGUUUAGUAUUUCACUUGCCAAAUUGUAAGACCAUGAAAAUCCCCAGAGAACGGCUUAUAAAAGCCCUCGAGACCUGUAAACCUGCUGAUAUAAAUCUCUCAUGGUACGAAGGUCCUAAAGACAAAGAGGCACGCUUCUCAGAAGCAAAGAUGAAAGUGAGUGAAUUGAAAAGAGAGCUGGAAGAUAACUAGAAAGAAAAAGAGAUCAAAUAUGAUGAUAAUAUAAAAAUGGAGGUAGAUCCAUGAUUGUGAACGAUUCAACGUAGGACUUAGACAGUAAAGAGGAUGAAGAUCAGUCAAAAAGUGUGAAAAUAUUCAUGGGUAGAAAGUACAAAAUACCUCUCAUACUGUAUAUUUAAACAUAUUGUUAUUUUCGCCACAUAAGAUGUAAUAUUCAUAUCUAAUUUCCAUCAAUUCAGAAAUAAUCACAACAAUGUAAUGUUUUGUAAUUAUUUUAGUUUAAAAAAUAUGAGAUAUGAGAUGUGUAAUGAUCAUUUUCUGGAUUUAUUGUGAGUGCACAAAUGAUAAUAUGUAUGUAACAGGAGAUGAAUAAAAAAUUCUCUGAUUUAAUUUUCA